GCCACCGUCCCCUCCUCCCUCAGGAGCAAUGGGCUGAGUAGGGUAGAGAUCAGGCGGGACUGAAACAGAGGAGCGGGGAGAACAGUCAAGCAGCAGGAUACCGACUAAGGCGGGAACAAUUUGGGAGCCAUGGGCCGUCGGCUCAUCCAUGGUCUCUCUGGAGCCGCAAUCUUCCUUGCCAGUGUGGCUCUCCUCUCCAUGCAGCACCGUGGGGCUCAGGAAACAGCUCGGUAUCCAGGGCUCAGGGAGGGGAUGUUGGAGAAGACAGAGCAACGAAGUAAAGAGAGCACAGAGAAAGCUGGUGGCAAGGGGCAGAAGGACCUCAAAGUCCAUUCUCCAGAUCGAUACAGGACUGAGGGAAGCCUAACACUUGGAGACAUUUUCAUAGCUGUGAAGACAACCAAGAGAUUUCAUCAGAGCAGGAUGGAGCUGCUUCUGGACACGUGGAUAUCCCGGGCCAGUGAGCAGACCUACGUCUUCACUGAUGAAGAAGAUGAUGCCUUAAAAAGGAGAAUGGGUGACCAUGUGGUCUUCACCAACUGCUCUGCCGAGCACAGCCACCUGGCCCUCUCCUGCAAGAUGGCAGCUGAGUUUGACGCCUUCCUGGUCAGCGGCCGGAGCUGGUUUUGCCAUUUGGAUGAUGACAACUACCUGAACCCUCAGGCCCUCCUGAAGCUCUUGUCCUCCUACUCUGAGACACGGGAUGUUUACCUGGGGAAACCCAGCCUGAACCGACCCAUCCGGGCCUCCGAAACACUGCCAAACAACCAGACGAAAUCUGUGCGCUUCUGGUUUGCCACGGGAGGGGCUGGGUUCUGCAUCAGCCGCAAGCUGGCAAGCAAGAUGGUGCCGUGGGCCAGUGGCAGGAACUUCCUGAGCACUUCAGAGCUCAUCCGCCUGCCGGAUGACUGCACCGUGGGUUACAUCAUUGAGUGCAAAGUCGGUGGGCACCUGUUGCCCAAUGCGCUCUUCCACUCCCACCUGGAGAACCUGCAGCUCAUCCCCACCUCUCAGCUCAUCCAGCAGGUCACCCUCAGCUACGGUGUCUUUGAGAACAAACUCAAUGUUAUUGAGAUCAGUGGCCCCUUCUCACCACAAGAGGAUCCCUCAAGGUUUCGAUCACUCCACUGUCAUCUUUAUCCUGACACCUCCUGGUGCCUGCAGCCUGUUGGCUGGUGAUGCCUGAGCCUCAGCUACAGUUGGUCCUGAUGAUACCUAUGCACCUUGUAGGGGAUGGGACACUGAAGAAGCUUGGUGUCUCCAAUUUUGCCUUUUUAGAGGUGGUCUUGGGGCUCUGGGAUGGCUUUUUUGGUCCUUACUUGAUACUGGUGACACAGGAAAAGAGACAAGAUCUUUCCCAAAGAUGUAUAACAUGGGCUGGACACAUGGAUGAGCUUCCCAUCUGUGUUGGAUACAUACAAGGGAUGGGAGCAGUAUGCCUUUUGAGCAGAUCAAGGACCGAAUAGUAACUGCUAGGCACCUCGGUAGAGAUGAGGACUUGGUGCUCUGUGCUGUGGCUGCAUCUUGCUGUCUAGAAAUGCCCUAGGUGUGUGUAACCAGUGCCUAGCUGAGGAUGGCUGACAACAUGUCAUGGCUCCAGACUCUGAGCAAGGCCUCUUCCUCCAUAUCUGCCUGUGCUUUCCCUGCUUGCAGCCGCUGACCUGCUGAGUCUCUGCCUAGUCAAGACCCUAUAGAAAUGGAAAAUGUGACCAUUUCUGUGCUGAAUGACUACUGGAAUAGCAUGGUUCUUGCUCAGCAGAGGGGAGAUGGGCAGAAAGUACAAAGAAGCAGGAAUCCCCUGCUCUGCUGGGACAAAGGAGAGGAAGAGUGAAAGGGAGCCAGGAGAAGACUGACAGAGAUGAGGACAGUUCCUGGACUGAACACUGAUCUUGUAUAGUGCUGCAUUAUUCCUCUCUUUUUACCUUCUUGAUGUGGGGUCAGGAUAAUCUCUUGCUCUAAUUACCAGCCUGUCGUCUGAGAUGAGACUCCAGCUCCUAUCUCUGAGAGGAGACAUAAAGGAUUAGAACUGGCUGAAAGAGAGGAGAAAGGAAGAGAUGGAGAAGGAGCUCUCAGGAGCAGAUUAGGGGUUACAGCUUUAUAAUCUUUUCUGUCCCCGACUAAAAAAUUAAGUCAUGGAGGAAUGGAAACAGCAAGGCAAAGACCUUUUUAUCUCUGUGUUUCUUUACUCCAGAGGCUAAUAUAGCAGCUUUCUGCCUACCUGCUGUCCCUGCUGAGUGCAACAGGGGGAAGGAGUGUACCCAAACAGGUUACAAGCUUUCUGGCAUGUUUGUGAAGAGUCCUCUACUAAAUAUGGAACCUGGUGUGAAAUCUGGGCAGUGCUGCUUGCUGGGGAAUGAACUUUGGCAUCAUUUUGCCCUUGUACACACAGUUAAAUGGUUGGGGGAGAGUGUUGCGCGGAAAGCUGGAAGGCAAAGAGGUUGUUUUAAAUGGCAGGUGGUGCCACAAACAGGUAUUUCUCUUUAAAGUGCAUUUCAAAACAGACUGCUGGGAUCUGUGAGAAAUCCAGAUGAAGGGACAAAUGCCCUUUCUCCAAAGAGCUGCUCAUCUUUGAUGCUGCUGAUGUGACUAAGCCUGCUGCUGGUGGGCUGGAAGAGCCAAAGGCAACUGUCACUGUGGCUUUGCUGUUUUGAAAACUGGCCACUCUGUCACCUCCUCCCCCCACACACACCAGCAUCUCCUACACAGCAUACAUGAGGUUUAAAGGAAAGGCAUCAGAAAGACCCUCUGCCUCUGCAAAGAGGGAUCUAGAAAGGAAUGAGCACUUUAAUGUCUGGAGAAGCAGAGGGCAGCAGCCUGUAGAGCUGUUUUCCAGCCUGGUCAUCCUUACUGGCAUUUAAUCAGCUUGUGUAGCAGCAGAGACCCCUGCUUUCUUCUGUUGCACAACAUGCCUUUGAACUGGAAAUUCAUCCUGAGUAGGGACAGGGGCUAGCUGAUGCCAAUGACCAUUCCUUGAGCUGUGCAAAGCACUUGGCUCACACAGCUGAGCUAAUGGAGGAAUCAUGUGACACAAAACUGACACAACUAUCAUAAGAGAGAUGCAGCAUAAAGAAGUCCUGCCCCACAGGGCAAGCAGUUGGGUUUGAACUCAACCAGAAGAAGAAAUACACUUUCAUGAGAAGAGGUGAGUCUUCAAGAGAAAUCUACACUACUUGGAUAUAUCCUUUUUCCCCAUUCAGACUUUCAGCUGAUGUUAAUAGAGACUUUGAGUUAAAAAGCCGGUCCUAUCUGUAGAUGUCCUGGUGACAGUUAGAGCAAAAUGUGAUUCAUGUGAGAAAACUGGUACAGCAGCUUCACUUCCCUGGGGAAAAGCAAAGCAGUGAAACUGGAAGCUUGCUUUAGAUCCUGGCCUCAGCUGGUCUGAAUUGACCUGGUACCUUUUGCAUGGCUGAAGAUCAGAUGUUUAAUGGGUUGAGUCCUUGAGUGGAUGCAUGGGGACCUGUUCAAGACUGGGCUUCGUUGCUGGAGCAGUUAAGUGCCACUUUUGUGGAAAAUGUCUUGUCUCAUAAGAAAACAGAACAGAUGAGAAGAUCUCUGGGGCAGGGCAUCUCUUGGGCUGUAGAGAAACGAAUGAUAGAAAAGUCCUGUUAUGCCUGUGACGACAAUACGCUGGAAAGAAAAUAGCAUCUCAGAGUCGACAAAAGAAACCAGGUUUUCUCUACGAACAGAGAGACAGCUUAACGGGACAUUCACCACAUGAAAUCUGAUCAAUGUUAAAACAUGAGUUAAAAUUAGUUUCAGGAAUGGUUCCUGCCCCUGGGGCUUGCUGUCAGAUGCUGUGGUUUUACAGUCUCAUUUUCCUCGUUUAUUAAAAUGUUUGGCUGCUUGGGAAAAUAAGAAACAAUCUCAUCUGAAACUUUUCAGGAGACUGUCUUUUUUUAUUCUCUUUCAUGAUUUUCUGAUGUAACAAAGAUUCUGGAAAGGUUCCACUGAGUCUAUUAAAUUUCUA